AACGUUCCGUGCAACCUUACCUCACUUUCCCCAACGUACAACUCUCCAAAGCGCCCACCCUUCGCGUACAACCCACCAAAGCCCACCAUCUCCCUCUUUAAAUACCACUCAUCUCCCCUCUCACACAAUCAUUCGAUCAAACACUUCAUCUCCUCUUCAAAAACAGAAAAAUGGAGCAAAAUCUGCCAAUCAUAGCCAAAAAAUUCUGGAAAAUCGUCCGAGUUCUCUACUUCAUGCUGCGGAAAGGCAUCUCCAAGGCGAAGCUCCUCGCCGAUCUCAGCCUGAUGAUGAAGCGCGGCAAAAUCGCCGGAAAAGCCGCCAUCCAAAACCUAAUUUUCCACCACGGCGCCGCGGCGGCGCGGCCGAUCAAGGAGUACGAGUUCAGCUGCGGCACCAGCCCCGCCUUCAAUUUCCCCUCCUUCAAGCGGGGAAAGCGCGCCGCGCCGAUCGACGCGGCGGCGCUGGCGGCGGCGCUGGAGGUGGCGUCGCCGGCGCUGCCGGGGUUCGGGCCGAGCCCGAUGGUGCGGCAGCUGCGGAUCACGGACUCGCCGUUCCCGCUGUGCAAUGCGGAGGAGGAUAAUCACGUGGAUGAGGCGGCGGAGAGGUUUAUCAUGAAGUUCUACAGCGAUUUGAAGCGGCAGACCUGCAAAUCGCCGCUUUCGUAUUGACUGUUUUUUUUUUUUUUUUUUUUUUUUUUUUU